ACCUUCCGGCUUGUCCGUGCACCUUAGAACAGGCAACACAAGAUGUAGGGACCUUCGUCACCGACCCCUCCUGCAAUACUCUGAGCACGGAUGCAAAUUGUGCGGAAAAUGAAGGAGCCAUAUAUUGCGUUCUCAGCGCUUAUGCAAGUCGUAUUACUAUGUCCGGUACCAAAUGUUGCUAUGAUGAAAACAACCUCCUGAUGCACUCUGGUGACACGAGGUACGCAGGUAUGGCAGGCCGAUCACAUAUUCGAGGAGCAAGUCCCUACAGGCAGAGAUAUCUAGUUCCAGAACUUUCCCAUUGGUCCAACGACGUCAUUGCCAUGCACUUUUGUUGUGGAUGGGCUAGCGAGAAGGAAUGCUUCGAAUACACUAAAGUCAGACCAACCACUGAUUGUGUUGCUUACGAACCACCAACUAUAGCAUUGUCGUUUGGUGAUCCUCAUUAUAUCACAAUGGAUAGGACUAACUUCACAUUCAACGGGCUCGGGGAGUACACCCUACUUCGUUAUGCUAUGAGUGGGACUAAGACAGGUCUAUUUGACUUCGAGCUCCAGGGGCGACAGAUAAAGACACUGGAUAUAAACGGUAGGGAAGUUGAUGUGACUCAACUAUCUUCGGUCGCCAUGCAGGAUAGCGGUUCGGAUGCCAUCUUUGUGGAUGCUAGCGCCAGCAGCGGUAUGGACGUUUACAGAAGGGGCACGGAAGACAAUGCAGAAUGGCAGUCAGUUUACUUUUCACAGCAGACCUUCACAGAUUUACAAGGCUGUGCCGUGGGCGUCACAGAAUUUAAACUCGAUGUCGAGAUCCACGGUGUCGUCGUCAUGUUCAAAGAAACCGGUAUCGGCGUUGCAGUCAACUACCACAACGGAAUGCUUGCUGUACAACCAAUCCUGCCGUCGACAAUAGAUAGCGAUCAUUUGUCUGGGUUGCUAGGCAACAUGGAUGGUGACCCCAGCAACGACUUGGAGGCAAGAAAUAGUAACACCCCACUUGAGGAUCCGACAGAUGAAGAGAUCUUCCAAUUUGGCCAAUCAUGGGAGAUCGAAGCAGAUUACACCCUAUUCCGAUAUGUGUCAAACAGGGACCAUUCCCACUACCACAAUACGUCCUUCGUUCCUCGUAUGAACGUAGCUCUCCCUACCCUUUACCCACCAUGUAACAACGUUUACCAGUGUCUGUUCGACUACGAGGUGUCAAAUGACGAUGAGGAACUAGCCCUGGCUACAUUGGAUGCUUACGAGGAAUUUGAGAGCAGCUCGGAAAACAUUCGUAAAAUCGACUCAUGCCCGUAUCUGAUUACACCUUACAAUGGCACAAAGUCGUACUCGUCAGAUUCGAAUAAAUAUUUUGAAGGCGCUGAGGUCACAUUUACCUGCGAUGAAAGUUUAUUAAUGGUUGGCUCAUCAUUCAAACGAUGUGAAUAUGACAUGGAGGCAGGAAGCCUUGUAUGGACCGGAUCAGAAGGAGAUAAUGAAUGUAUAGAAUCCACAUGCGGCGGCAUGGACACCCCUGCAAAUGGCUCCAUCGCUCUGAGCGAGGAUGGCCUUACAGCAUCUUUCGCCUGCCAGGAUGGUUUUACGUUGAGUGGAGCCAUGCAGUCUGUAUGCCAGGACGGGAUAUGGUCCAGUGCCGCCCCGACAUGCAUCGAUGGCGACAUCGUCCCCGGUGACAAUAACGCCCUCGUCAUCGCCCUCAGCGUGGUCUUUUCACUUAUCUUUAUCGUACUCGUCGUCGUUGGUGUCUUCGUGUUCCUUCGGUAUUGGCAGUACGGUUCGUUUAACACAGAGAAACAAGCACCUAAGGUUUCUACCAAGGAGGCAGAGGUCAACUGGGGUAUGGAGAACGACACCGGGAGCUUGGAGCAUAUCAACACAGCAGAAGUCCCAGCAAAAACGCCUCAACCAUCCAAUGAAACACCUUAUUUAUAGUCCUUGAAAUAUCUCACAGCCUUCGCUUUCGAAGAAAUACAUGACAUUAUGGAGUUGGUUGGUGCACUGCCAUCGAUUAGUGUAAAUAGUAGUCAAGUCCCUCAAUUUUGAGAGAAAUAUAUGUUGACCCAUGGAAGUUAUGGCGACGGCAUAUAAUGACAUGUAGGUGGUGCUGGUCGACUUGCGUUCGGAUUCGUCUUGGGGUUGUAUUUACCAGGGUAGGUUGACAGGUAGAAAGGCAGUAGCUCUGGCGUUUCAUAGAGCGCAAGGUGCACAGUACUCAUCCAACCAAUUCCAAGCAGGGAGCUAGUCAGAUGAUCAAGCAUCAACCAGGACUUGAUUAUCCGAAGUUAUCGAUGAAAAUAUGUAAAUAUAAAUCAGAUUAACAAAUUCGAGGUAUAAAUGCCAGGCCUUUUCCUCAAUUUAUUGUUCAGGAUUCUGAAUAAUACUGUAAUGUUCUUUUCGCUGUCGAUUAGUCCCUUUUGAUAUGUUUGAUAUUGUUUGGUAAAUACCUAAAGAAUGCUGUAAUUGAAAAUAUACUUUCAUUACAACAACUUUGUAGCCGUCAGUGCAUUACAUAACAGCCGUAAUCACAUUUAGUAUAAAUUUAACCUGGCAUUAAAUGUCACAUUCAUCUGUUCAAGUUUCCUUUUCUUAGAAUUUAUGCGAUAUAAAUAUACAAAUAUACUUUACAUUCCAUUUUCACCAAAAAGUUGUUUCCUAAUUAGUGUUGUGCUCCGUAGUGCUAAAGAGUGCUUAUUGUAUUCCAGUUACUCCGUUUGUUACAUUAAGCUUUAGUAACAUUUCUUCGUUACUCCUUAUAAGGUUAAAGCAAUAAUACAAAUAAAGUCAAAUGCAUUAUUUAUAUAGGAGGCUAUUGAAUGUCAAGAUUCAGAUAAAAGACACAUGUAGUUUUGUAUAGUUGUAAAUAGAAGCAUUGCAUAAAUGAUGAUACGCUGUAAAUAAUUCAUACGGUCAAAAACUAGUAUAAUAAUGUAUUUUAAUGACAAUAGAUAGAAAACUAUGUUAGCACAAUAUCUAUUCGCUUUAAGAAAAACAGAAACAUUAAUUUAAUUAAUCUGCAACUUUUCUAUGUACAUGGAUGCGCUACAUUCUUUACAAAUCGGUAAUAAACAUGAAAAAUAGCUGGAAUAUAUUUUCCCAAUAUGACUCAUAUUUGGAAAAAGGGAAAUGUAUAUAGUAAUAAAAUUAUAGAAAAAAAUGAAAAAAAGAUUGGCUCGGAAGAUAAUGUGAGUUUUUCAUUCCAAUUUUCAGAGAAUAUCUUAAUACAGAUGCAAUUCGGCACAAAGUGCAAAACCGCAUUAAUAUUAGGUUGUAUGUGUUACUAUAUAAUAUAUUUUUAAUUGCAUACAAGUAUUCAAUUUACCUUUUUUUUAUUACUGGAAAAUCUUAACAAUGUGGAAAUGCUGAAGCUCAGGACUUCAGAGCGUGUGAAUUGAUGAUUGAUAUGGUAAGUCAUUACUCUCUGCAAAUUUUAGGCAUAGUGGAAGGGGGAAGAGUUGGCUUUUUGUUUUCAUUGUCUUUGUCUUGUUACUUAUCAAUGAUAAUUUUGCGUUAGAGAACGGGAACGUUCUCGAGAACGCUAGGUACUACAAUAGAAUUCAGUCGAGAAUACACAAACAGGUAAUGUAUUAAAAACGCAAGUAUUCAACCACUGCAAGCGAGGGCUCUGUCAGACUCUUUCUCUAUUUUGUCCGAAAAACGCCACGGAUUUUGUUAUUAAAUCCUUACUGACAUUAGCGUUCUCUGGAACAGUUCCACAAAGUCCGUCUAAAUAUGAAUAAAUUGGAGAUCGACGAGUAUUCAAAAUCAUGUGCACGCAUUUUUUUUACUUGUUUAAUACACAC